AUGAAUCCCAACCCUACAGCAAAAUCUGGCGCACGCCACGAGCUCGACGACGCCUCGCUGAGCAGAUAUCUUGCCAACUCGAAUACCAUUCCAGGUUUGAAGGCGCCUGUGGUGUCGACGAAAAUUGGCUACGGCCAGAGCAAUCCCACCUACUUUCUCGACGAUGCUGCAGGCACACGCUUUAUCCUGCGAAAGAAGCCAUCAGGGACAAUCAUCAGCCCUGUUGCACACCAAGUCGACCGUGAAUACCGGGUACUGAAAGCCCUGGGCUCGGUCAAAGGGUUUCCUGUGCCGAAAGUUUAUACGCUUUGCGAGGACUCGAGCGUGAUUGGGACGCCAUUUUAUGUUAUGGAAUUCGUCAAGGGCAGAAUAAUAACAGAUCCCGACCUGGGUGAACUUUCGCCCUCGGAUCGAAGGAAAGCGUGGAUCUCCCUCGUCGAGACUCUUGCCUGGCUGCACAGCAUCGACCCGGACUCGAUCGGCUUGUCCAACUUUGGCAAAAAGCAAGGCUUCUACCAACGGCAUUGCAACACGUUCCAGCGGAUCGAGAACCAGCAGUCCAAAGUCAAAGACAUCAACACGGGCAAGGAGUUGGGCCGGGCCCACGAGCAUUACGACGAGGUGGUUGAUUUUGUGAGGACCAACAUGACCAGCGACCGGUAUUCGAUUGUGCAUGGAGAUUACAAGUUUGACAAUGUGAUCCUCCAUCCUACCGAACCCCGCGUCAUCGCCAUCCUCGACUGGGAACUCUCAACGAUCGGCCACCCGCUGAUGGACGCCGUGUACGUGAUCGGCCCGUUCUGGAACGAGACGGUGAAGCCCGGCGUGCCCUACUCGCCCGAGACCUCGCCGUACGCGGCGGCCAACCGCGCCAAAUCCGGCAUGCCGGAGCCCGACGAGCUGCUGGACCGGUACUCGCGCAUCACGGGCUUCGACCCGCGCAAGGAAGGGAAUCCGCCCGGCAAGGACUUUGAGGUCGCAAAGAUCUUCCACUGCGUGCGCGGCGGGACCAUCUCGCACGGCAUCCAGGCCCGCACCAUCAGCGGCCAGGCCAGCAGCGACUUUUCGCACAUCUAUUUCGAGAAUACCCGCAAGAGUCUCGACAAUGCGUACCGCAUGAUGCAGAGGUUGAAGGAGGCGCAGGGGACGAAGGCAAAGUUAUAG